AUGACGCUUUUUCACAUUUUUGCUUUGUUCUUUCUGCCUGAAGUGCUGGGCCAGGGCAGCAGCUCCCGCCCCGGUGUGGUGGUGGAGGCCCGGAACAUCACCCUCCCGGCUGGCUCUCGGGCCGUGCUUCCCUGCAGAAGCCCCAGGAUGGUGUGGACCCAGGACAGACUGAAGGACCGGCAGCGCGUGGUGCACUGGGACGUGGUCCGCAGCAGCCCUGAGUAUUCUGUAGAGAGGGUCCUGGACAUGUCCCCUGGAGCCAAGCAGCGAGUCUACAACAGCUUCAACAAGGGCCGAGUGUCUCUCUCUGAGGAGGCCUUUAACGACGGGAACUUCUCCCUCGUCAUCAACAACGUGGUUACGACUGACAAAGGAGUCUACACCUGCAACCUGCACCACCACUACUGCCAGGUCCACCAGAACAUCCAGAUCCAGCUCAACGUCACCAAAUCAGCACGUAAAGAGAGGCGGUACUGGGACGGGGAGAAGACCGUGCUGGUGGUGUUAUUGGGCAGCUCGGUGGUGCUUCCAUGUGUGAACCGGCGCCCCCUGUGGCGGGAGGGGGCACAGGAGGAGCAGCAGCAGGUGGCUCACUGGGACUACCAGGCUCCGGGAGUGAGACCAGACCGGGCCGAGCGCCUGGUGGACCUGUAUGCGUCCGGGGAGCGCAGGGACUACGGGCCGCUCUUCCGCCAGCACAAGAUGAGCAUCGACCCGGAUGCCUUCACUCUGGGGGACUUCUCUCUGUCCUUUGCGGAGCUGAGUCCCGCAGACAUCGGCCUGUACUCCUGCUUCCUCCACCACCACUACUGCGGGAUACAGGAGAGGCGCAUCUUUAGGCUCACCGUGGGACCCCCGACUGCAGCCAAGCCCUCGACCACACGGCCCCCCAUCCAGAGCAACGACCUGCCUGAACCAAGUAAGACUACAUCCAACUAUUAA